GCUAGUGUGCUUUUGAAAAAAGUCCAGUUCGGAGUCAUUGUUCGGAUUCAGCUACUUGCUCCUACAUCUAAUUGCCAAGAACACCACCACCCCCUACCCCCCCUUAUAUUUCUCACUAGACCCAGUCUUUCAUCGGUUCCCAUGGCUACUCAUAGACACAGUGGCCGCCAUUUUUGAAAGCUCACUCGAUCGAAAAAGAGAAUAAGAAAUUAGAGCAGGUUUCAUUUCUUAUACGAUGUCCGAGGAUCUAGCGAACUCGUAUGCUAUACGACCUAACUUCAAAAACAAAUUUCGCCCUGCUGCCGUUAAAGGCUUGAUUCACGAUACUUUAAACGAGGAAUUAGGAGGAAAAACCUAUGAUGCCGAAGAGGCAAAAAGCUGGCCAAAACUUAUCACAGAUUCUGUGUUAUCUAAAAUAAAAGAUCUAGAACUUGAUAGAUACAAGUUUGUAGUACAAGUCACGAUUGGCGAGCAGAGAGGGGAAGGGGUUAAUGUUGCUUGCCGAUGUUUAUGGGAUUCAGAUACUGAUAAUUACGCCCAGGAUCUCCUGAUGACUGUUCUCAAGCCUUACCUUCCACAAUUCUGAUGCUAAGCUGUGUUUUGAGGUCAGACACGAGUUGUAUGGUGGCCCCCUUACGGGCUUACUAUGCUUUUGACUUGUUUAUUUUGAAUCUGCACUCUUAUUUAAUCUAUUAUUAAUCUUUAUUAAUCUAUCUAUAUUUAGUUGUCAAUUAUUCUCUUUAUAAUUCUCUCUUGGUAGAAAUUUUGUCAGGUGUGAAAAAGAGAUUAAGCCUGCGGUGAUGAUACCUUUCUUACCAUUAUUGAAGAAUUCUCCCGAAGAAGAUUGGGAACUUACAGUCACUAUGAUUUUGAACCUUAAAAAUACGACGAUCAUCGGUAUCAGAUCGACAUGUAAGCCCCCCGGGAGGUGAGGGGGGGAAGAAACCAAGAUGUUUCGAAACCAAUAAAAAACCUGGCAAAUUUUUAAUCCCCUAUCGGGGUGGAGCAAAACAAAA